AUGAACUACUCCAACUCCAGAUAUCCUGACAUACAUCCACCUCCACCAAUACCUCAUCAUAAUUCUUCAAGAAGAGGAAACAUGUUUGGCUCAUAUCUACUAUUACAAACUUUAGGUGAAGGUGAAUUUGGUAAAGUAAAGCUUGGGGUGCAUGUUGAUACUGGCGAAGAAGUCGCAAUUAAACUUAUACGUAAAGAAUCAGUGGAUACUCCUUCUCGACUUACAAAAAUUGAAAGAGAAAUCGGAGUUUUACGGAGCGUGAUGCAUCCAAAUAUAGUAAAGCUUUAUGAUGUUUUUGAGACAGAUCGAUAUAUCGGUAUAAUUAUGGAAUAUGCGUCUGAACUUUUUGAUCAUAUAUUGGUGCACCGUUAUCUCAAAGAACGUGAUGCCUGUCGUUUAUUUUCACAAUUAAUUAGUGGUGUCAAUUAUUUACAUCAAAAAAAUAUCGUACAUCGCGAUUUAAAAUUGAAUUUAUUAUUGGAUCGUAAUAGAAACAUUAUCAUUACUGAUUUUGGAUUUGCAAACAAAUUUAAUGGAUCAAAUGAUGAUUUGAUGGCUACAUCUUGUGGUAGUCCAUGUUAUGCUGCGCCAGAAUUGGUUAUUAGUGAAGGACUUUAUGUUGGAAGUGCUGUGGAUAUUUGGAGUUGUUAUCUUCCAUUCGAUGAUGAUCCUUCGAAUCCUGACGGUGAUAACAUCAACCUACUUUACAAAUACAUAAUCAAUACACCACUAGUAUUUCCUGAUUAUGUAAGUUCUGACGCAAAAGAUUUAUUAAGAAAAAUGUUGGUUCCCGAUCCUACAAGAAGAUGCGAUAUGAAAACAAUCAUGUCUCAUAGAUGGCUUUUACCUUGUUCUUCAAUAUUUGAACGUAGUAUUAGAGAACUUGAGGCAGCUGCAAAUCCUCUACACUCCUUAUCACCUCCACAAUCACAUUUGAAACCUGGAAUUUCUUAG